AUGGCCUUCUUCGGUGUCACACACCUGGGUUAUCAAAACCCAACAGGUGAUAAGAUGAUAGUGAAUCCCAGAGCAGCAGCUCAUCCUCGGGAUGGUGGGAACAUCAGAUCAGGACCGUCUCCAUCUCUUCAAGAACACCAGGGACCCCUCAGAUGUACAGACACAUGCAACGUUUACCACCAGCCUCUUCACUACAGCGCUGACAUGCACCAAGGGAGCCAUGAGCGAUACAAAGAGAUGGUCAAACGGCUUCAAAUACCCAGAUCCCCUCACCAGCUGUACAUAAUGCCUCUAACGGAGAACCAGAAGUAUGGAUGGACACUGUGCAGGAGUCCUGAACCAUGGACUCAAGUCAAACGGUUUCCCCAAACGUACAGUGAGAUGUCAAAGUUUGUUAAAGAAAUGUCAACAACAGACCGGGAGUUCAGCCUAUUCUGA